UGUGGAAUGGGACGGUACUGAACAGGAUGUGGAGUCACUGCUGUGGUGAACAGGGCCCCCCCUCCUUUAAUAGCACAGAGCUGCUUUGCGGCUGAGUGAGUGUGACUGUGAGUCCACAUCUGGAGAGGUUAGAAGAGUGACUCUUUCCUCGACAUCUGGAAUUCUAUUUGUUUCUGUUUCCUGGAGCCCAGAUUCCGAGUGAGAGUGCAUCGAACCCGGAUUCAGGUGAUGACUCUCAUCUGGACCCUCCUGUCAGCCCUGCUGCUGGGUUUGUCUGCGGCCGAGCCUCUGAGCAGCCCUGAGGAAAAUGCAAAUGAGGUCCUGAAGCACACAGAGGAGAUCACACAGAUCCAGGUGGUUGAAAAUGCAAUCGGAUAUCUCAGUGAACCGACGCCGAGCAACACGCCCACCACGUCAACUUUCUUGACAACCACAACUUCUCCGAGCUCCAGUCCAGCCCCUCAGUGUCCAGGAAACCAGGUUCUGCUGGAGAGCAGCUCUGGAUGUGGCUGUCCUGCAUCUGGCAUGGUGAAGGUUGGUGACAACUGUACCUGUCCUGAGGGCUUCACUCUGGACGGAGCUGCUGGGUGUGAAGAUAUUGAUGAGUGUGAGGGAGAAGGACCAUGUGGUCUGUAUGCCAGCUGCACUAAUACCCCCGGCUCCUACUCGUGUAGCUGUCGCCGUGGUUACCUGAUGGGUGCUGGAGGGUGCCAAGAUAUAGAUGAGUGUGCUCUGGCUGCAGUGACGGGUCUGCAGGCCUGUCAGGGGGAGGCUGAAUGUCAGAACACCCCUGGUUCCUUCACCUGCUUGUGUCCUGCAGGAUAUGUCAUCGCCCUCAAUGGAAAAAGCUGCGUGGAUGUGGACGAGUGCAGCUUCGAGGAGCUGUGUCGCCGGGAGCUGGGAAACGUGUGUGUGAACACUCCUGGCAGCUUCACAUGCCGGUGCCAGCCGGGCUUCCAAGCGGAGGCGCCCGCCUGUGUCGAUGUGGACGAAUGUGCGGAGAGUCCUGCGGUGUGCGAUGGUCAGGGUGUGUGUGAGAACACGCUUGGGAGCUAUAAGUGUGUUUGUCAACCAGGUUACCGGGGAAACGGCACACACUGCGAAGAUGACAACGAGUGUGCGUUUGGUCGUCACGGGUGUGACACCAACGCUCGGUGUGGCAACAUCAUUGGCUCGUAUUUCUGCCAAUGUUACCAGGGCUUCAAUGGGGAUGGAUACUCUUGUUUUGACAUUGAUGAGUGCGCACUGAACAACGGACACUGUGAACACAACUGCACCAACGAGGCCGGAGGCUACAGCUGCCAGUGUGGGUCCGGAUACCAGCUGGACCAGGAGGGACACAACUGCACAGAUGUGAAUGAGUGCUCGACGCUGAAUGGGACCUGUAAGCACAUAUGCAUCAACACUCUUGGAUCGUUCCAGUGCUCCUGCAGGCCUGGCUACCAGCUGCACAUCGACCACCGCACCUGUGUGGACAUUGAUGAAUGUAAACUCCAGAACGGCGGCUGCUCCCACUCCUGCACCAACUCUCCAGGAGGACAUGAUUGCCACUGCCCUCCCCCUCUGCUGUUGGACAGGGACAACCACACCUGCAGCAAUGUUUCAUCUUGUAAGCUGAGAAAUGGCGGCUGUGACCACGUGUGCGCGGUGGGGGCUGAGGGCCGCGUCCGCUGCAGCUGUGGAACAGGCUGGAAGCUGGGCGAGGACCUGAGGAGCUGCGUGGAUGUGAAUGAGUGCGGGGACUUUACAAACGGGGGCUGUGAUCAGCUCUGUGUGAACCACCCUGGUGGGUUCUACUGCACCUGCCGGGACGGGUAUGAAGCUCGCACCGAUGACCUCACCAAGUGCCAGCCUGUGUGUGACCCUAGCUGUCAGAACUACGGUGUCUGUGUGGCUCCAAACAGCUGUGACUGUCCCCCGGGUUACCCUGGAGUGGGCUGCUCCGCCAUGUGCUCUCCAGCCUGUGCCCAUGGAGGAACCUGUAUGCGCUGGAACAACUGUUUGUGUCCCCCCGGCUGGACCGGAGCAGGCUGCCACACAGGUAAACCCCCUCUGACACAAAGGUUAAUGAAGAGUGACACACACUCCAGAGGUAGUGUCACUGUCUGCAAACACAGAGAUUGGUUUCAAGGAAACAAAAACAGACAGCACAAAAAACACUGA